CUGUCAAAGUCUACAAAAGUCUCAUUACAAUUCUUUGAAGCAUUUGAUUGAUCUCAAUCAGAAGGAAGAAUUUUACGAAUUGACCAAACAAAAAAUGCUUUUUUAGCAGUUUUAUUUUAUCGCGGAAUUGUGGCAAACCUGAGUAACAUUGAACGUGGCGUCGGCAGAAAAAACGGGGAAUUCCGCGAAAGAGGGCUUGGUUUUGUUUCGAUUACCGGUCAUUUGUGUCUUCAAGAUAGUAUCGCUUUUUGUUUAUAUUUCAAACUCCAAAUACGCGCAAUCACGAUGGAGGAAAUUCGAGUUAUGUGGUGUGAUGUACUGGAGGAAUUGCUUCAAUGUCCCGUAUGCUUAGAAGCAACACAGGGUGUAAAAGUUCAAUGUAUAAAUGGACAUCAUAUAUGUAAUGUAUGCAGAGUACAGCUGCAUGUGUGUCCAAUAUGUAAAUCUACCUUUUUAGGAACAAGAAAUUUGGCAGUGGAACAAAUUUCAGCCAAAUUGCAGGAUAUAAAGUUAUCCCUGUUGCAUCCAUAUCAUGCUCUCAAUAGAAGAGUCCUACAUGAUAAGAUUUGUGCAGCUACUCAAACUGAUAAUAUUUGUAUGCCUUCCACUGCUUCUCAAACUGAAUCUGUGAAUCAAGCUAUACCAAUUAUUAUAAGAAACGAACAACAAAAAUCAAUAUUAAGUUUGGCGCCUAGAGUAGGAAAAGGAUCAUAUCCAUGUCGUAUUGGAUCUUGUAUAACGGAACUACCACAUGGAAGAAUGAUUGGCCAUUUGAGAUAUCACCAUAAAGAUGUAUUUUUUGAGUUCAACGCAAAAGAUAAUGUAUUACGAAGAAAAUGGGAUCUGGAGUAUAUCUUAGAUCGAGAUUACGAUUUUGCAUUCCAUAUCAAAGAAAUGGGCUUAUUUUUUUUAAACAUCUCCAUAAAUCGUAUGGGUGGUCUAAUGGCUUCCUUACAAAUUGUCAAUUGCAUCGCUGUAUGUAAACAAUUCACAUAUAUAUUUGAAGUAAUUGGGGAACUUAAUGCUUCUUACAAUGGCCAGGUGAAAUCUUGCAGAGCAUCAAGGCAAUGUCUUUUUUCAAAUGACUGUUUGCGCAUACGCGAGGAUAACAUGCGUCACUUAAUUGAUCAUAAAAAUUCUUUUCACUGCAAUCUAACGAUAAAACGUAGAGUUGAUUACAGAACAAUCGCCGCGCAAAAUAAUCCAACGAAUGCUCGUGAUGACAUAAUGAGUAAUUAAAAAAAACUAUAUAAUUCAUUAUUGUAUAAAGAAAAAGAUUAGAUAGUAAAACGAUUAUUUCGUCGAUUGAUUUUUUUGUAAUAUGUAAUCUUUUUAUAUAAAUAACUGGAAUUUAUCUUUUAAUUCAACAUGAAACAAUUUUAAUUAUUCAUUAUGUUACCGAUUUCUGUAUUUGUAUAACUGUCGAUGUAAGUAAUUCAAGCAAUUUAAAUGUUCAUCGAGAAAAUAGUAUACUUUUAGAUUAUUUUAGAUUUGUAUCUCUCAGUACUGCCUAAUUGAUAAACUAAAAAGAUUAAAAAAAGACUGGCUUUAUUGCGGAUUGCAGAUAUAGAUGCAAUCACAGAUAUAAGAUAGUACAAUUUUUCCACCAAACGUUUUU